UUGGUAGAGUUAGCACAGGAAGUGUAAACCAAUUUUUGCAUCAUCCAAAGGUCACUACUAGUGACACCCAUAAAUGGUGGCACUUAUAUUGGCUCUUAUAUUGAUUCUUUAGAGCAAUAACUUUUAUGGGCGAGCCAAGAAGAUGGACAUGUAUGCAUUUUAUGCCUGCGUUGGACUCUUGUCCAUUCUUUUCUAUUUCUUCUGGAUAAGGUUAAACAGUAAGAGGUCCGCUACUAAACUGAUCCCAGGUUGGAAUAAAGAACCUUCCGACCCAGUGCUAGGUGAUCUUGCAGUGGCCAUGAGUGCCGGUAGUCUUCAUCACUAUCUUGCCAAGCAGCACAAAGAAGGAAGCUCCCCAGUUGUAUCUUUUUGGUGGAGAAACAAACGUGUUGUCAGCAUUUGCAGUCAAAAAUCAUUCAAGGACACAGAGAAUAUCUAUAAUAGGCCUGCUGUCAUAUUUGCGCCUUGCUUUGAUCCUCUUCAUGGUUCCAACAGCAUUCAGAGUGUCAAUGGUGAUGAAUGGAAGAGACAAGGGAAAAUGCUUCGUGGUACAAUGAGAGGUGAUUUUUUGGAAUCCUUUGUUCCUGAUUUAGUUGUGAUUGCUCAUGAGACAGCAAAGACGUGGGCCUCUGGUGAACCAAUACACCUUUUAAAGAGCAUUACAAGAAUGACACUUAAAGCAAUCCUUAUGACAUCUCUUGGAAAUAUAUUUGAGAAUGAUGAAGGCAUAGAUGAGCUUGCUGCUCUAUAUCAUGUUUGCAAAUGUGAAAUGGACAAACGUGUUCUAGAUGUCCCUCCGCCUCAAAGUCAGAGAGAAAAGGACUUUCAGUCAAACCUCAAGGUUUUGCAAGGAUACCUGAAGCAAAUGAUGAAGGCUCGUCGGUCAAACUUGCAAAGUGGGAGGAAGUCACUGCCACUGAUGGAUGCACUCCUUAAUUCUGGUGACCCUGAGGAGACAAUAAUGUCAAAUGUGAUCACAUUCAUGGGUGGUUUCCACACCUCUGGCUACUUUUUGACAUGGACAUUUUAUUACCUUGCACUACAUCCUGAAAUCCAGGACAAGAUAAUGAAAGAAAUCGUUGGAAAAGAAGCCAGUGGUGAGAAGCUGAAAGAGUAUGUCAUGAGUUCCAAUUCUUACUUGAGGCAGUUUCUUGAUGAAGCAAUUCGUGUGAGCACAGUGACAUCUUUCUCUGCUCACUGUCCAGACAAAGAUGUGGUUGUGGAUGGUUAUCAUAUACCAGCUAAUACUCCCAUCAUUCAAUCAUUAGGUGUGGCAAUGCAUGAUCCAAAUGUGUGGGACAAUCCUCAGAAGUUUGAUUCUGAUCGUUUUGGUCCCAGAAGUAAGCAUGCUAAAAGAGGUCACGAGUUUCGACCGUUUGGUGUCUCUACUCUCCGCCGCUGUCCUGCAAACCACUUCACAUACAUAAUGUCUUCCAUUUAUGUCGUUAUACUCCUCCAGCGCUUUGAGUUCUCAACUAAAGAUACAAACCUGACAAAGAAAUAUGGUAUAGCAACAUCUCCUGGUCACGAAAUUGACUUUCAGGUCAAAACUAGAGAAUAAAUUAAAAAGUUUUGAUACUAAACUUAUAGUUGCUAUUUUUGCUAAUUUACAUUGAAUGCUUAUUGUUAACAUUCUCUAUUAAGAUA